AUGCCUCUCGGAAAUUCGCUCCCCGCUAUAAGCUUCUUCGAUUCGAGUCGUCACCUCGUGCACCGCCAGAAUCCGGCGUUUACAGGCAAUAAAAGACCCACUAUGUCGAUGUCGAUUCUGACAACUGUUACUACUUCUGCCAAUGUCGAUGUCGACGCGAGCGUAGUACUGAGCUGCACCUGCGCGCAUAAAUCGCCAGUAGCGCCGCACCCACCAGAGCUCCUUCCGGCGACGGAACCAGACAGCACGCCGUCAGCGAACAUGGCAUCAUGUGCGAUUCGCGAUACCCUAUCGGAAAGCCUCUCAGUACAAGCAGCAGCAGCGCCAGUAGCGGAAACUUGUUGUGUCGAGGCGCUUGAAACCCGUGCGUUGGAUUUGGCAGGAAGCUUAUUCCACGCCUCAGCUGCAGCUGCGACAGCUGCGACGUCGCAAGGUCUUCGUCGCCAGCAUCGCGCGGUAGCUUUCGUUCAAGAAUGCCUUUGGCGAUCGUUCGAGACAUGUUUGGAGCUCUGUUGGAUCGCUUUGGUCAUCGCCGUCUUCAUUAUAGGCUGCUUACUCUCGCGCCGUAUCGAAUCCAUGCGCGCUCGCUGUAACGGGGAUGGACUACAAGUCGUUCUCAUCGAGGUGAGCCGAGGAGAGGACGAAUUCGCCGCUCAUCCCGACCUUCAAUAUGCUGAGCCUCGCACCGUGAUUCUCGGACCCCGUUCACCAAACGAGCUGGAAGGCUAUUAUCCGACAUCGUCGGGUUGUAUUUUAGGGCCAUCACAAGCACUUGAUAUGAUACUCCCGCACAUUUGGAGCCAGUCAGCCUUGCGCAGACACAGCAUAUGCGACCACAUCCACGGCAACUGUAGCAGCAUUUGUGCGGCUGGUGUGUCAGAUAAUAAGCGCAAUAUUCAUGGGGGGGAUUCCCUGCCAAUGGCACGCGGUAUGUCCGCCGCGCCAGGAUUUUUGCGGACAGACUGUGACCGUCGCAUGCAGCGCAACCGGCGCAAAGGGGAGGAUGCUGACGCCAGCUUGUUGGAUGAAGGGAUGAACGGACUCCCUCACACCUUGGAGACUCAGGUGCUGCACUGUCAACAGGAAGCAACAUCAGUAAGCGCGGCUCCGCAACGCGUCAUCGGCCUGACCAUCUCGCAGGGCUUCCUCGAAGGUUCGCUAACGCCGGAGAUCUCGAAAAUAGACCAGCUGAGGAGGCUACACUUAGACGGCGGGAUGCUUAUGGGAAAGAUUCCGCCGCAGUUGGCGCAGCUCCGCUGGUUGACGAGCGUCGACUUUAGCAGUAACCACUUGACUGGCGAAAUCCCUCCCAGCUUCUCUCUCCUAAGCAACCUGCGCAAUCUCGCCCUCCGUUCGAACAAUAUCUCAGGGGCAAUACCCCCGGAAAUUUUCCGCCUCUCGAAACUCGAGACGCUCGCCCUCGACAUCAACAACCUGACGGGUGGGCUGCCCGACGGCCCUGGCAGCUACAGCCCGAGUCUCGUAUCCCUCAGCCUCGGCGUGAACUACCUCUCCGGACCUAUUCCGAAGGCUCUCGGCGACUUGCCGAACCUGGUUCAGCUCGACCUGCACCAGAACUCGUUUUCCGGACCUAUUCCGCCGGAGCUCGGCGCGCUUGGGAAACUGGAGUACCUCGAUGUAAGCAGUAACCAGCUAAUUGGUGGUAUACCACAUGCGCUGGCAGGGCUUUCGUCGCUUCAAGCGGGGAUUUUCUCGAACAACCUGCUGAGCGGCGUGGUUUCGCAGCCGUUUUUGGCGGGAAUCGCGUCCACUAUAGACGUCCUCGAUGUAGGCAGAAACGCGUUCACGGGAUCGAUUUCGCGGUUUGCCCUACUUACGAACGCGGUGUACAUCGAGCUGAGUAACAACAAAUUCGUGGGCGGGAUCACAAAGUCGUUCGGCGCAAUGCCAAACCUGCAGCAGCUGGGGCUGUCCGAUAAUGAGCUGACAGGUGGCAUCCCUGCGGGAAUUACGGAGUCAAGCAGCCUCGUCGUGUUCUCCGCGGAUCGCAAUAAGCUGAGAGGAAGCAUCCCCCCCUUCCGCUGCACCAACACCGCUUUCAUGGCUCUCACCGUCUCUGGCAACUCUUUCCAAGGAGGCAUUCCUCGCAGCCUCGCCAGCUGCAACAGCAGCCUCUACGUUCUUGACGUCAGCCACAACAACCUCUCGGGCCCAAUCCCUCUCUUUCUCGCGGAUUUAGUCGAGUUGCGGAACCUCACUCUUGCUUACAACAACUUUUCCGGAGGUAUUCCGUACAAGUUGGGGUUUCUCGCCAACUUGGUGUCCCUGGACCUGUCAUGGAACAACCUGGAAGGCCCCCUGACUGCGCUGUAUCCCAUGAAGCCUCUGGAUGACUUGCAGCUUGCAGGAAACAACCUGACCGGCCCGAUUGCUCAUGCGUUUUGGCAGUUUCCGAAGGCAUCGUUUCAGCCUGGCAAUCCUGGGCUUUGUGGACCUCCCCUGCCAAACAGGUGCCCUCCACGUGUUGUGGACUAG